AUGAACGUGAACGCCGAGGCGUCUUCUUCACGCAGCGGCUCUACGAGCGGGACUCGACCGAAUACCAGCAAAGAUGAAGAGGUACCGGUGUCGGCAACGCAGAAGAAGCAGAAUGACUUCAGAAGAUAUCUAGCGGGACAGAGUGUGAUGAAGAGUGGCUUGACAAGAGAUCCACAAGAGGUUGAAGCGAUCAUAGCAGAAGCGAGCAAGAAUUCCAAAUUCUACCUGAGAGAGGUAGAGAAAGAUCGGGUGCUAGGGAAAAAGAUAGAACAACUGCUCAAGCUGAAAGACCAGAUGGUAAAGACUGCAAACAUGGAACGCUUAGAACGGGAAGCAAACGAAGUGCUGGCACAACUCGAAUCGACCCGUGAUCUCACGCAGUAUAUCAUACACGUCGAUAUGGAUGCAUUUUACGCAAAUGUAGAAGUCAAGAAGGAUCCGAGUCUCAAGGGGAAAGCUUUCGGCGUAGGAUCGGGUGUGCUGACGACAGCUUCUUACGAAGCGAGGAAGUUCGGUUGUCGAUCGGGAAUGGCAGGCUUCGUCGCGAAAAAGCUCUGUCCUCAGAUUAUCUUCGUCAAACCCGACUUUGCGGCUUACAGCGAGGCUUCCAAGGCGGUCAGGGAGAUCUUGCUGGAAUAUGACGAGAAUAUGGCGAUGGCAGGCAUGGACGAAGGAUACCUAAACAUCACGCCCUACAUGGCCGCCCACGAGAUGACGGCAAGCGAAGUCGUCUCGCACCUUCGAGCAGAGGUCGAGUCUCGAACCGGCUUGACAAUCUCCGCUGGAAUCGCUCCAAACACCAUGCUGGCCAAGAUUUGUUCCGACAAGAACAAGCCAAACGGACAGUACGAAUUACCUUUUGAAGGCAAGGCAAUCAGAGAGUUCAUGAGGGACCUGCCAGUCCGGCGGAUACCAGGUAUUGGCCGGGUAGCCGAACGCUAUGCCCAGGCAUUAGGGGUCAAGGUGUGCGGGGACGCGUAUACACAUCGAGGCGUCAUCAAACUGAUGGACCGGUAUAUCGGGUUUCGGUACAUGAUGCGUGCAUAUCUUGGACUAGGAAACAACGUGGUCGAGCCGGGCAAGCGGGAAGACAGGAAGAGCGUUGGCUGCGAAAGAACGUUUCGAGAGAAGAGCAAUUCGGACGAAAUCCUAGACAUGCUUCGGGAAAUCGCCGACAGCUUGGAGGAAGAUCUGAAACGGACGGGCUUUUCAGGGAGAACCGUCGUGGUGAAAUAUAAGCUGCAUACUUACGAGAACUUUACCCGCCAAUGCGGAGCUCCGCGAUACAUCAAUUCAGCCGAAGAUAUCUUACCUCUCGCUCGGUCGCUCUUAGUGAAGGAACUACCGUUGAAGAUCCGACUCUUGGGGAUAAGGAUGACCCAUCUUAAAGAUUUGCGUGCUGAUGAGAAAGGUAUUCAGAAGUUCUUCAAAGGAAAAGAAUCGCCACCAAAGGGUGUCGCCGGAAAUGCAAAAAAUACAGGGAAUGAGAGCGACGAUGAUGAGCCUAUCUGGCUGGACUCGGACGAAGAAAACGAACCAGCGGCAGGCAACCAGGAGCAGAGCGUUGAUCGCAAACGAAAACGCCCUGAUACGAUCACCACGAUCGACGACGAUAGCGAAGAUGACGGCAUCGAGGUGGUUUGUCCGGUCUGUGAGAAAUCUUUUCCUGCAAGCACGAAAACCAACAGUAUGAAUCAUCACAUCAACGCAUGCCUCGACCAGCAAAACGAUACAAGCAAGACGAAGGGAAACAAGCAUAAUUCGCCAAGGGCAACGAAAAAGACCAAGAGCAAGAAAACAGCGAAACCUAAAGACGUCUUCGAAAUGCUCAUGAGAGGACGAAAAUAA